UAAAUCACUUCUGAGUAUCUCUUAAGAUUAAUGUGGGAAUGCAAUAAUCAAGGAUACGAGGAGCCACCCACAAAACAGAAAAAAAAUAUUGGAGAGGAAAGAGAAGGGAAUAAAUGUGGGGGAAGCUUGGCAGUUCCGCUAUAUUCUAACUCCCCCACGGAGGCAGGGGGGCAGUUCUCUCUCUCUCUCUUCGCCGUCGCCUCCAAAAGCUCGUAUUUUUAGCUCUCUCCUGAGCUCUCUCCAUCUCUCAUCAAGCUCUCCCAAGCUCUCGCCAUGGCCAAGAACACAUGCAAGCUCUGCUCCCGCCGCUUCGCCAGCCCCCGCGCCCUCGCCGGGCACAUGCGCGCCCACUCCAUCGCCGCCGCCAAGUCGCAGAUCUCCUCGGCGUCCUCGGCCUCGACCUCCCUCGCCGCCGCCGGCGGCGGCGGCGGCCUGGACGACGACACCGACGCCAAGAAGCCCGGUCCCAUCCAGGGGCAAGUGCUGCGGGAGAAGCCCAAGCGCCGCGCCCGCCUCGCCGUGUCCGACUUCUCGGAUCGCGAGAGCGAGACGACGGACUACUACUCGCCGGACGCCAAGCGCUCGCCCGGCGGAUCGGGGGACGCCGAGCCGGUGAGCUCGGUCUCCGACGGAGACACCCCCGUGGAGGACGUCGCGCUGUCCCUGAUGAUGCUCUCCCGCGACUCCUGGCCCGCGCCGCCGCCGCCGGCGUACUACUCCGCCUACCGCGCCGACUCAGACGACGCCCGCCCGGGCCCCGCGGUCGCGGCAACCGCGGCGCAGAAGCGGACGCGGUACGAGUGCCCCGCGUGCAAGAAGGUGUUCCGAUCGUACCAGGCCCUGGGGGGCCACCGCGCCAGCAACGUGCGCGGCGGCAGGGGCGGCUGCUGCGCGCCCCCGCUGAGCACCCCUCCGCCUCCCGCCCCGCUGCAGCCAUUGCCGGAAUGCGACGACGGCGGGGAGGAGGAGGACCCGUCCAAGGCCACAAGCGUGUUCCCGUCCGGGCAAGCUCUGGGCGGCCACAAGCGGUCCCACCUCUGCCCGGCCGCCGCCGACCCGUCGAUCGCGAUGAAGAGCCUGGGCUUCAUUGAUCUGAACCUCCCCGCGCCCUUCGACGACGUGGAGAACUCCGCCGUGUCAGAUCCCUUCCUCUCGUCCAAGCCAGCCCGUUCCUGAAAGCAAAGGAGCAGAGCAAGCAAGCCGGCUGCUUUGUCCCGCCUGCCUUUCGGUUGAUUCCAACGGAGACGAUUCGAGCCAAGGAUCAGAAGGAUAUUACUGCUUAACAAAGCAGCAAGAAAGGUAAAGAAACCGAUAAGAAAAAAAGGGAUUGGUUUUGCUUGGGUCGGGUAGUUCUUUUCUCCUAGUAUUUGUUCGCAUUGAUUCAAUCAGCUACAAUAUCGCUGUAGGCUGUAGCCCUCCGUUUCGUUGUGUCUUUUUGUUCGUUUCAAGCCAUGGAGCAGAGUAGGGAUGGGGGCAGCUAAACAGAGCUAAGCUUGCUAGUUCUUGAA